AUGAACGAACCCGAAUUAGAUGGCAACUUCUACCUUGAAAGCUUACAAAAUUUAUUACUUGUUAAAAGAAAUACCGACACAAUUCUACCAUCAACUCCACAAAUAUUUAAAUUCGAUUUAGACGAUGCCAAAGAACCUGAUGCAGAAACAAAAAGAUUCAUACAAAAUCGUGCUAGAGCACUUCAACUUGAAGAAAUUGCUAAUAAUAAAACUGGUCAUGAUGUUUUAUUGAAAAGAACUAAACGUUCAAAAGUUCAAAAAACAAAACCUGAAUUGAUUCCAUUUUUAAUAACCGAUGCUAAAGAACCUGAUAGUGCUACAAAAGAACUAAUUCGAAGAAGUCGUGCAAAAGAAAUUUCUUUAAUUAAAACUAAAGAACCAAUUAGACAGAUUAGAACUAAAGAAUCAUCCUCAUCGACUCAAAAAAGAGAAUCUUCAAGACAAAGUAGAAUUAAGCCAGUUUCUGUGCCCGUUCAAAAUCAAGAACCAUCUGUGAGACAAGGAAGAACUAAAUCUAUAACUUUGACAACUGAAAAUAAAGAACCAUUGAGAAUAGGUAAAGUUGGUAAAGUUCAAUCGGUUCCACUUGAUGAUGAACACUUGACAGAAAGUCGCUCAAAAAACAAGGGAACUUCAAGACAACGAACAACUAGAAAAACCCCAAGAAAACGCACUCGAAGAUUUGCCCAAUUGACUGAGCCUCGUUUUAUAAAAUUUGAACUUCAUGAUGCCAAAGAACCUGAUAGUGAACCUAGAGAAGUACAAAUUUUACCACGACCAGUUUUUGGCGCCAAAAUUUUAAAUCACAAAAAUGAUCAACAAGGAUCGGAGUCAGACUCUGAUUUAUCGACACAGGAAAGUAAGUACCGUUAUUUUCUACAUGAAGUUCCACGAAAACAACAUUUUGGACCAUAUUCAAAACACUAUAACCCUAACGACUUAAUAUUCAGAGUUAGCAAGAUGCAAAAAUAUAUAGCAAGUGGUCAAGGUCUUGAGAAUAUUAAUACAAAUAUUGAAAUAUCCAUACCGCCUUCGGUAUCGGCUACUGCCGUACUUGCUGGUUAUCCAAAACAAGUCUAUGGUCAUAAAUUAUGCCCUUAUGGCACUCGAGGUUGUCAAGUUCAUCCGGUUGUUGGACAAGUUCCUCCUAACCAUCUUCAAUUUAACAAGCCUCUUACUCAAAAUUUGAUUGCUGAAAAUGAGGUUAUACCCGAACAUCAUCAACCUCAGCGAUAUUUCUACAAUGUUUAUACUCACGAACAACCUCAAAUUCAUCAACAGUAUUUACCACAAAUAGUACAGGCUCCAGUGGUAGAACAUCCUCAACAGCCUCAACCACUUCCUCAACAACUUCCUCAACAAGAAGUUCAAGUUGCUCAGAACUUGAUCGAAACGAAUGCUCCAAUUAAAGUAGCUUAUGUUGAACCAAAUUAUGGCUAUGGAGCUAAAAUGUACCCCUACAAUAUUGCAAACAAUAUUCAAGCAAAUCAACCAGCUAAUAAUGAACAAAAUGCAGAUGUUGUUUAUGGCAAACAUCAUCAAGAAGAUCUCCUGAGUAAAAUAACAAAUAAUCAAGAAAGUCAACUUGGCACACUCCAAGAUAAUAAAGAAUUUCAAGAACUUUCUGCCCUGAUUGGCAAAUCACCAACUGAUCAAGUUCAUGGUUUGUCAUAUUUAAUGGCAAAAGAAAUGCAAAGAAAGAAAGCUGGUCAAAGACCUCAAGAUCAAACUUCACCAAUUCUUUUUCAUCCGAAAGAAAAUGGAGGCAUAAGCUCUGGUAACACUCAAUUUUUGAAUAUUUCAAGAUUUUAUGGUAUGAGAAUGGAAUAUGCAUCUAAAUACGCUUUUGGCUAUCGUGUACGUGACUUUGACAGUGGAAAUGAUUUCGCCCACAAACAAAAUCGAGAUAAGGAUGGUGUUACUCGUGGUCAAUAUCAUAUCCUAUUGCCCGAUGGACGAAUACAAAAUGUUAUUUAUUAUGCCGAUGAGACAGGAUUUCAUGCAGAUGUUAGUUAUUGAAAUUCCUGUCGUGUAUUUAUAUUUUUGUAUAGAAUAUAAGUUUGAAGGGAUUUUGAUGGAAUAAUUUCUAUCAAAUUUUCAUAUUUAAACAAAAAUCCCACCUCAUACUAACAUGACUGACAAUUGAUGGAAAAAUAUUAAAAAUCUAUUAUUAUAGUAAUUAUAAUCCAAAUUGAAAACAUUUAUGUAUAAAAAAAAAAGUUAGUAAAACAAUUUUAAAAUUGAAACAAAAUUAUUUAAGAGAGGCUUUCAUAAAUAAAUCAAAAACAUUUUUGUACG